GCAUGUAGGGGUGUCAAAAUCGAGUCCAACUAACGAAAUCAUGCUGAACCAAAUUGAAUCAAAAUCGAUAUGAACUUACUGGAUCUGUUUUAGGCUAGGGUUUCACCUAAACCAAACUGAACCGCAUUGAAAUCAAUGAGAGACUAGGCGUCCAGCCGGACCAGCCCGUCCAUAGCCUACGUGCGUUGCGAUCGUGUCAAUAACAGAUCCAAUUCCCAUUUGAUUCGUUGGCGUGCGAGUGAGAGAACCCCUCAGCUCGCUCAUUUCUCCAAGGUAAACUCAGCCUCUCCGGUGGCCUAACAACCCAAUUGCUCCCUUUCGAUUUCAAGAGCUCAAGACUCAAAUCUGUUAAGAUUUUAGGAGAGCUACAUAUUGAUCUAUGGCUAUUUCCUCUCACCGGAGUGCACUCCAGCUAUUUGAGAUAAUGCUCUGAUACCCAUAGUUCAUAAUCUUCGUGCAAAUUGGUAUCUCUCGUUGCAGGGAUCAUGGCAUUGAAGCAGAGGAAGCUUUGUUACCAUUUGUGGGAGAACUUUAGUGGUUGUCGAUUUUAUAGCUCCAGAGUGGACUGGGAUAAGCUACGACCCAUGAUUCUUGAAAGAAUCAAGCGCAGGGCUAAGGAUUACCCAGUUCGAGCCAUGAUUCCUGUCGCCAAUGAUGUCGUUAAUGCCAGAGCGCUUCUUAUAGAAGGUGUUUCUUCGCUUAUCAAAUUCAUCCCAGUCAAGGCUUGCAAGUUCUGCCCAGAAUUAUUUAUCAGUGAGAAUGGCCAUCUGAUUCGAACUUGCCAUGGUUUUAGGCGACAUGCCAAGAAUCAGUUCCAUACAUGGAUUGAUGGUACCUUGAAUGAUAUUCUCGUCCCUGUUGAAACCUUUCACCUCCAGAAUAUGUUUCAAGAUGUCAUCACGCAUGACCAAAGGUUUGAUUUUGAGCGUGUUCCGGCAGUCCUGGAGCUAUGUUAUCAAGCCGGGGCCAAUGGAUGCCUGUACAAUAGCAGCUCAACAUCGGAAGCUGGGAAAAAUGACAGUGUUGUUGCCAAGUCCUUGUCACAGCAUGAGCUAAUGUCAGUGGCACGGUUAACUAUGGAGGCAUGGGAGAGGUUUAGAUCCGGUGUCCAGAAAUUAUUGUUGGUUUACCCAGCAAAGGUCUGCAAAUACUGCUCAGAAGUUCAUAUUGGGCCCUCUGGUCAUAAGGCACGACUUUGUGGAGUGUUCAAGUAUGAGGGUUGGAGGGGCACCCAUCUAUGGCAGAAGGCCAAAGUAGAUGAUUUGGUGCCUCCCAAGAUCAUUUGGAGGCGGCGGCCUCAGGAUCCCCCAGUGCUUCUGGACAAGGGACGUGAAUUUUAUGGGCAUGCUCCGGCUGUGGUUGAGCUGUGCAUGCAAGCUGGGGCUACUAUACCUGUCAAGUAUUUCUGUAUGAUGAAAAUGCAAGGUUUUCCACCACCCCCUUGAUGAGCAAAGGACAGACAAAGUUUCUUUCUCAUUAUCAAGCCUGUGUAGAAGUUAUUCCCAAAGAGGUUAAUAAGUUGGUUUAAUGUGGUUUCGUUCAAUUCAAUCUACUCCAAUACAUGGCAUAAUGGGUACUAGAUUUGCAACUUCCAGUGCAUCAACUGCUUUGGCAGCACCAAGAUUGUGUUAUCAAAAUGUUUCCAAUAUGUUGGUUCAGGUCAUCGUCAAAUUGGUAAUUUGUGGCUGUAAAAUUGUCUUAGCUUUGAUCAGUUUGAUUAGGAACCAUCUUUGGUUUUGUAGCCUAAUACUCUCACAAUCUUAAUGGCUGAGUUAUGCAAUUCCUCAUUAGCUUUGGAGUCUUGCAGGUCUAGUCAAGUGGAGCCUAGGGGUUUCCUGCUGAUGUAUGAAUCUUUGAAUUUGAGUCUUUCAGAUCAGAGACAACAGAUAUGUAUGUACAUAUUAUUUAUUUUCAUUAACUGUGGAUUUAUUAUCACAA